AUGGAAGAAAAGGAAGCCUCGGUCUCGCUGCACGAGAAGUGCGAUAAUGAGCACUCUGUCUCGCCGUCCUCCCCGGAUGGAGUUACCCACGACUCGAAAUUCGAGAAGAGGGUCCUCCGCAAGAUCGACAUCCGGCUGCUACCUAUCCUCGGCGCGCUGUACACCAUCGCCAUGGUCGACAGGAGCAACAUCUCCGUAGCGCGCAUCUCGGGUCUCGACGAAGACGUCGGUCUCAACGUCGGGAACCGCGCCUCCGUCGCGCUCCUCGUCUUCUUCAUCGGCUACAUGAUCUUCGAGCUGCCGAGCAACAUGAUCAUCCACCGCGUGGGCGCCGCCAACUGGCUUUCGCUGAUCGUCUUCGCCUGGGGCCUGGUGUCGAUGGGCAUCGGGUUUCUCGACAACUGGGUCGCGUUGGCCGUGCUGAGAUCCUUCCUCGGCGUAUUCGAAGCCGGCUUCUAUCCCGGAUGCGUCUACCUGAUUUCCUCCUGGUACAGGCGAUACGAGGUCCAGAAGCGGCUGGCGACGUUCUUCAUGACGGGGUCCGCGCUGUCUGCGUUUGCGAAUAUUUUUGCCCUCGGCCUCAUACAAAUCUCGAAAACAAAUACUACUUACAAGGGCUGGAGGUGGAUCUAUAUUAUCGAGGGUGUUAUUACUUGUGUUGCGGCUAUUAUUGCUUGGUUCAUCAUCGUCGAUUUCCCGGAUUCGCACCGCAAUAAGUUUCUCACUGUAGAAGAAGCCGCUUUCGUAAAGGCCCGUCUUGCAGAAGAUCGCGGGUCUGAGGAACGCCAGAAGGUCACCUGGGCUAUUUUCGUCGAGACGAUAACCGACUGGAAAGUUUGGUCGUUCUCGUUGAUGUACUCGGCUGGUGCCGUGGGUGUCUACGCCUUCCUAUUUUUCCUACCUCUUAUCCUACGUAAUGGGAUGGGAUAUUCCCAAGAGCUCGCAUUCGUCUUGUCGGCCCCGCCAGCUCUAUUUUCCGUCGUGGAAGGCAUGUUUGUAUCAUGGCUGGCUGAUAAGAUGCGUCUACGAGGACCAUUUGUCAUCGCUCAGGGUCUCGUCGCAAUCAUCGGCUUAUGUAUGACGGGUUUCCUCAAGCAACCCGUCCCAAGGUAUAUCGGGACUUUCCUAGGCGAAGCCGGGGUAAAUGGGCUUGUGGUCACUACCCUCGCCUGGCAGGCAAAUAAUUUACGUGGUGAUGCUAAGCGCGCCUGUGCCACGGCUGUCUUGAUCACUCUUAGUGGCCUUGGCGGUAUCUAUUCGUCCCUGGUUUUCCGCCAACAAGACGCCCCUGAUUAUAUACCUGGUAUAAUAGCUGUGAUGGCAAUUUGCGUCGCUGCUGUUGUUGCCGCCUGCAUCUCCAUAGUUCUCUUGAAAUGGGAAAAUAAGCGUGCAGACGAAGGUAAAAAGAUUAUAGAUGGUCAUAAUGAUUUCCGAUAUACCAUUUAA